AUGAGCACUCAGUCCAAAAUGAAGGCCAUCGUGUUCGACGGUCCACGACAAGUGUCGCUUCAACAACGCCCAAUUCCAGGAAUCCAGAAUAGCCAUGACAUUAUUGUACAAGUCAAAGCCACUGCUAUAUGCGGGUCCGAAAUGCACGUCUAUCGAGGCCACCAGCCGUCUCAAACUGGCUUUAUCAUGGGUCAUGAAUUCUCAGGUGUCGUGGCGGCGGUCGGAACAUCCGUACAAUCAGUAGUUGUUGGCGACAAAAUCGUCUCUCCGUUCACAGUCUCAUGUGGCAAAUGCUUUUACUGCACGACGGGAAGCUCCGCACGUUGCGUAGAGUGUCGACUCUUUGGCACACCCGCUCUUGAUGGCGGUCAGGCUGAAUACGUACGUGUCCCUCUUGCAGACGGCACAGUCUUCAAGGCCCCUGGCACAGUCUCAGACGAAGCUCUCCUAUUGAUGGCCGACAUAUUUCCCACGGGUUAUUACGGUAUCAAAAGCGCCGUGCGCUUAGCAAACGAUGUUGAUAUCAAAGAUGCCACUGUGGUUGUGAUAGGUUGCGGGCCAGUUGGUCUUUGUGCCAUCGUAGCAGCCGCUCACUUGAAACCUCGCCACCUGUUCGCUAUCGACGGUGUUGAUGACCGUCUUGCCCAAGCUCAGGCUUUGGGUGCUGAGCCUAUUAACUACCUUACUCGUGAUGAGGAGAUGACGAAGCGAAUCAAAGACGUUACCAACGGUAGGGGAGCGGAUAUCGUCGUGGAGGUGGUCGGACUCUCGCCCGCUUUGCGUACCGCAUUUAACCUUGUCAGGCCUUUUGGCACCAUCGUCAGCAUUGGAGUCCACAACGCAGAGAUUCCAUGGACCGGAAAUGAAGCAUACGGCAAGAACUUAAAAUUACAAAUGGGCCGGUGCCCAGUACGGAGUGUUUUUGGGGAAGCGCUAGAACUCCUUGCAGAGAAGCAACAUCUUUUUGGAUUCAUGUUUGACAACGUCUUUCCUUUGGAAGACUUCAAAUAUGCGUAUGAAUUGUUCGACCAAGCUAAGGCGCAAAAGGUUAUCUUCAAGGUCAACUAA